AUGAAUGAUAUUUAUAAUGAAAGAACAAGAAAUGUUAAGAUCGGACUUUUAGAUAAAAAAGAUUAUGAUACAUUGUUAAGUAAUAAAACGGUUAAUUUGAUGGGUCAACUAUAUGAUGUUAGUGAAUUCCUUCCAGCACCACAAAUUCUGAUUUGUGGACGAUGUAAUCAACUAGGACAUACGAAAAAAGUAUGUCAAAAUUCAUCAUUUGAUAUCUGUCAUCGAUGUAGUGGUAAUCGUACAAAUAUUGAUGAACAUAAAGAAUGUCCUAUUAAAUGUCAUCACUGUGGAGCAGAACAUUUAUCGACAAAUUAUAAAUGUCCAUUAUUAAAUAAUUACCGUAAACAAAUAAUAAAUGAAUUGAGAAAACAUCCUGAAAAACUUCUUCAAAAGAUUCAACUAUUUAUUCCAUCUGAAUAUCGUAAUCAAAAUGAUAAAACAAAAGUAAUUCAGAAUAAAUCAAUGUAUCAUCACCAGCAACAACAACAUAAUUGUAGAGAUGAUUAUAAUCAAUGGCCUUUACUUACUUCAUCAAGAACAACUAAUACAACAAUGAACUACAAUAUGAACGAAUUAAUUAAAUCAUUUAAUGAUGAAUUAAGUGAAUUGAAGAAAGAAUAUAAAGAAGAUCAACAAAGAUAUAAAGAAAAGUACAAAGAACAUAUAGAUUCAAUAAAUCAGACAUGGCGAUCAUACAACAACAGCAACAUCAAAUGAUCACGACAUUGACUAAUACUAUUAAAAAAAUAAUUUUUUUCCAUGCAUGACAACAACAACAACAAUUUGUAAUGCAAUAAAUAAAAUAAAAAUGAAAGUCAAUUACAAUAAUUUGGAUGAUGAUAUGCAACAAUUAACAAAUCAAGCUGAAUUUAUAAAAGAAGCCGAAUCUUCUUUUUCUAAACACAUCAACUCAUUGCAAUAAUUAAUUCAUAAACAAAAUGAAACAGUAAAUAAAGGAUUCGGCAUGGCCGCGCAUCGGUCACCCUACCAUGAGGAAGGUUUAUACGCACUAAAAAUAAAGAAAACUCUCUCCAAAUCCAAAAUUUCACUACUCACAAAUUAUGAAACACGUGGCAACUUCUGAGAUACGUUGUUGAUUGGUUAUAUAAACCGUAUUUUUCCUCCAAUAAGUGUCUGAAAACGGAUUUUUUGACGAAUUUCACCAAAAAACUAUCCGUUCUGAGUCCCAUUAUAUUUCAUUUUUUGUCCAAAAAACAGGCAGAAUUUUAAUGUCAUUCUGCGUUGAACGUGAAGCUGAUAUUCUUGCGCGAUAGAACUAUCUCUGUACUAUUCGCGGAUACGAGAAAUGAUGAGUUUUCAUCAUGAUAAUUAAAAGCUGUAAGGUCCCUAACCGUCCCCGUUAGAAAGUCAAAAAAUAAUGAAAUUCCGUAACGAAGUGAAAUUCCGUAACGGACAGUAUUUACAGUUAUUUGAUUUGGUACAGCUAUGCUUUCUAGGAAAUGAAUUGAUAUUUUGAAAGCUCAUGGGAAACUGAAUAACUUUUAUAUAGACCAUUUAUUUGUAUGUCGUUUCGUUACGUAGUAAAAUGCUUAACUUCUGCAUCACCCUAAAAAAAAUUUCCAUUUUAUGAAAUUCCGUAACGGUCAAUAUUUGUUGAAUAACUCAACUAUGACUAGACAAAAAUAGAUAAAAUUUUUACUGAUAAUAGAUCUCAGCCAUCUCUAUCUACGAUAAAAAUUUUAGCAAGUUUGCCUUGAUUUUUGAGAAACUACAGGUGUCACAAUAUGAAAAAAUGAAAUUCCGUAACGCGCGGCCACGCCCGAUUAGGUAAUUUGCUUAAAGAUCCUAAUGCUGAUUAAAGACUUCAAAUACUGUGAUCCUAAACCGAAUUAUAACAUCAUCAACCAAUUUAAUGGAAAUACCAAUGAUAAAAACUGUUUGCUUUCUAUUGUAAGUGAGUGGAAUAGAAGAGCAUGUGUAUCUGAAUUAAGUAGAAUUUGGCGUAAAGAGAGAUCUCAGAAUAUUUCAGAAAAUCUGUCUAUUCUUCUAUGGAAUUGCGAGAGUCUGUUUACACACUUUUCGAAACUUGAUCUCCUUCUUUCUACAUACUGUCCUCAUGUGUGCAUUCUGACCGAAGUAGGAAAACAGAUACGUAAACUCUCUCACAUUCCGAAUUUUAAUUGGUUUAGUAAAAAAAGGAACUAAUAUUUUUGGAGGAGUUGCUUAUCUUGUUCAUAAUAAAUUUAACACUACAGUAAAAGCUGAAUCAGAAAACUUUCUUCUAUUAGAAAUUGAAAUAUUAAAUGAAAAAAUUUAUAUUGGUGCUAUUUACAUUCCACCUAACUGCAAUCCUUCUUUAGACUUGUUUGAUAAACACAAAGAGAAAGAAAUCUUUAUUUUUAGAGAUUUUAAUGCGAAAUAUGAAAAUUGGAGUUGUGUAAAGAACAACGUUAGUGGAAAUAGAGUGAAAGAAUGAGUGGAUGAGAAUGGAUUGGAAGUACUGCACUGUAAUAGUUAAACCUAUAAAAAAAUCAAAUUCUAUCAUCGAUUUUGGAAUAGGUAAAGAUAUAGAGAAAUGAAAGGUAAAUAGGUUACAAGAAGGACCUUCCGAUCACUAUCCAGUACUCUUUGUAUCUCCUUCUAUAUCAGAUGACAAAAGAGCUUUUAGAAAAACUAACCGGAAAUUAUUCAUAUUUUUUCUUCUUGCAGUUUAUCCAUAUUGGAAUUGCUUAGUUUACACCCUUGAAUUUAAUACUUUUUUCAACAUCUUUUCUGAGUUUCUUUCAGCUUUGCGCGAUAGAUGCAAUGAAUAUGAGAAUAUAAAAGAAAUUUCGCUCCCCUUGGACACUUUUUUUUGGUAAGUCUAGCAAAAUCAGUAAGUCAAACGAAAAGAAAAUUUAGAAAAACAAGAUUUCUGGGAGAUUAUUAUAAGUUUUAGAAACAAGAAAAAUAUGAGUGAAUUGCAACUUUUUGAUACAAUUGUCACAAAAAAAUGAAAGUGAAUCUAAACAACUUUUAAGUAGUGCAUUUUACGAUACUCUAUGCCUGUAGUACACAGCAAAAUUUUCCGAACACUUUAACAAGUAUCAAGCAAGAUAUACAAUAUAUAGUUCAAUUCCUGCUAAAUUCAUUGAUGAAAUGUCUUGCACAUAGAGAAAAACACUUGAGUCAUACUAUUAUUAUUACAAAGACAAUUAGUAGUCAAAUAUAUCUCAUAAUACAUGGAUUUGCUUGCUGCUCUCUGCCGAGUUUAAUUAUAUCCGAACAGACUAUUUGCGAGCAUAUUCAACUGGACAUAUUUGCAUAGAAAUCGUCACUCUACAUUCUUGUUGAAAAAACGACCCUCUACAUUUUUCAGUAUAUCGUAAACUUCUUUUGAACGGUACAUUACUUAAAGCUAAAAUUUUUAUCACUUGUAUAACUUUUAGUUUUGUAUCUACUGUAAAAAAUUCAACUAAAUUGAACAUACCGUUAGAGUUAUCGAAUGCACAAUUUUCAAAUCGUCACUCUACAAAGUGAGUAUCAUGACGUUGUUUUUCAAAAGUUCUGCUAUUUUCGAUUAGAAAUAAAGUUGAUAAAUAAGAACUUUUUUUUCAUCAAUUUUUGAGGUAAAGAGCCCUCUUUCUUUUUAUAUUAUCUAAAGACCAUUAGCUCUAUCAUCAACUGAAGUUAGAAUUGCAUUUCCGUCACUCUACAGAAUAAUGUACAAGUGUCUGUCAAACAAUAUGAACGUUAGGCGAGCGGAUGAAGAACGAAUAAAAUUUAAAUGAACAACACAUUUCGAUAGAGCGUCGAACGUUCUACAAGCUAGCCUAUUUAUAUUCUUUUUCUUUUAUUUUAUUGUAGUCAAAAAACUCCCUUCUCUUCGUAUAAGUUAUCGAAAAAUGACGUUUUUUCACAAUGUAUCUUUCAUAAGUUACCUAUAGUAUGAGAUAGAGAGCUGAAAUUUUGUGUGGGUAUGGGGCACUUAAGGAUUAGUGAAAUGUAAAAAACUUGUCGAAAUUGAACAAACAGAAAAAAAAGUUAUUCAAAAACUACAGCUAAAAUUCAAUUGUACCAAAAAGUUGCAAUUCACUCAUAUAUUCAGAAGAAAAACUAAAAUAUGAAUAUCAUAAAGCAGAGAAAAAAAUAGAACAUAUAAAAAAAGGUGAUAAUAUUUGGACAUAUAGCAAACAUUUAUUUCGUCCAUAUUCUCCCCCAUUUAGGGAUGUGCGGUGUCAGUGACAAAACCGAAAAAACUGGCACUUUUGUCACCGCCAGCGACGCUCAGUGCACACUGAUAGACUCAGUGUCA